UGCCUUUGUCAGAAAAAAAAGAGCACACAUUGUGUAGACGUGAUUUAACAAUUCAAUUUUUUUUGUGUACGACAGCAGAAAAUAUUUUUUUUCUUCUAUGUGUAGCAAUCAUUUGAGUUUUGCGCGUUAGUUUAUGCAAGUGUAAUUAUUGAUUCCAUCAUUUCUUGAGGCAAUUAUACAACUGUAAUUAUAUAGGCCACUGGAAGAUUCUUGGGGUGCGGCGCACAGUUUGAUGUAAAGGUAAGUUCCAAAAGGUUAAAGUGCUCAAACAUAAUACGUAAAUACCAUACGUAACGGUACGAAAAAAUGUCCGAUGCGAUGAGCGCACCGUCGCCAUUAAUACCCCAGCUACAAGAGAUGCAGCAGCAGCAACAACAACAACAAAACGCCAACUCUGCCAAUGCGCAGCAAUGGAACAACUACGCAUGGUGGCAGCAUCAUGGUGGCAAUGCAGCCGCCUAUCAACAACAAUAUCAACAAUACUAUCAAUAUUAUAUGCGCUAUCAGCAGCAGCAACAGCAGCAGCAACAACAACAACAACAGCAGCAGGUAACAUCGACUAUUAGUUCGUCGAAUGCGCCGCCUGGUUUUAGUAAUGCUCUGGCGGCACCUCCGCUACCUACGGCACCACCACCGCCACCACCACCUCCUGCUCAGUCAGGUAAUAAAAAUCAGCAGCAGCAGCAGCAACAACAACAGCAGCAGCAGCAGCAGAAAAAUUUUGGAGGCAUACGCUUCAACUUGAAUUUGAAUCAAAAACGUUUGGCAAAUGCACCAAAUCCGCUGCAGCAGCAACAACAACAGCAGCAACAGCAACAUCAACAACAUGCAAUGCAGCAGCAACAACAACAACAACAACAGCAGCAGCAACAGCAUAGUGGUUAUGAAGCGUCGCAUCCUGCCUUUCCGGGUAUUUCUCUAAAUCCAUUCGCCGCACCAAUCGUGCCGCCGACGCCAGACUUAAGCAAGCCACCACCCCCUUUGCCCUUAAUACCAACACCUCUAGCGACAGCAGCAGCAGUUGUUGCUCCACAACAACAACAGCAGCAGCAACAGCAAUCGCCGUUAGCGGUCUUGGAGCCCCAACAACCAAAGCAGCAGCAGCAGCAGCAGCCACAACUGACACCAGCCGCAGCAGCAUUUAAACGUCCCAAUAAUAGCUUUCAGAUGGCCUCGAAUGAUUCGUGGCCAGAUUCGUUGAAUCAGUAUGUGGCGCGUUGCUAUUCCAAGUGUACCACCGACCUGGACAAGGAUCAAAUUGAUAUAUGUCUGAAGGGUAAAAUUAUUGCCGCUGCCAACCGCAACGAACUCUGGACACGUGAUUGGGACAAUGAGCCCAUGCCCACGGUGCAUAGCGAGCGCGAUGCCAUCGAUGUGGUGCUCAGCAAUGUGACGCCUCCGCAGCCGCAGCGCAGCAAUUACUUUAACAAAAAACAGCAGCAGCAGCAACAACAGCAAUCACAGUCACAAUCGCACCAAACACCACAAAAGCCCGGUCCAAAGACGCAAAAUGUGAAUCACUUUAAGCAGAAGGCGAAUGCCUUUAAUAAAUUUGCAACCGGCAACCACGGACACCACCAACAGCAGACGUCGCGCUAUUCUAGGAGUCGCUCUCGUUCGCCCACAUCGUCCACAUCUUCGACAUCGAAAUAUAAUAAUAGGAAACGUUAUUCGCGCUCACCAGUUUCUCGUUCGCGUUCUCGAUCCCGUUCCCGUUCUCGUUCCCGUUCCCGUUCUCAAUCGCGUUCGCGUAGCAGCAGUGCCGGCAGUCCACCAGCUCGCAAGGUGCUCCGUAAGACAGGCUCGAAUGAUUCGUUGAGCAGCGAUUUUAUACCCAUCAAUUCGAAUAUGUCCAGGAAACAGCAGAAAAUGCUAAUGAAGAGGAACAAGCGUGCCGCGGCCGCCGCUGCCGCCGUUGCAGGGAAAAAGAAGACGCCACAUUUCUAUGCGACGCAUUCGUCGUCGGUUGGCGGUGCUGUUGAUGAUGACACAGCGCGCUUGCAACAGCGUGCGGCACGUUUCUCACAGUCGAGCGGUGGCUCGGCUAAGAAAUCUGUCGUCGCAAUUGCAAGCUCACCGUUUGGUCUCACCACGGCCAAGCACAAGAAGAGAUUGCAGGCCUCGGCGGCAGCUUCUCGCUCAUCGUCGGCCAUGUUCUACGAGGAUGAUGCUGGUGCAGGAGCUGCGGGCUUAGAUUUACUCGAUUUGCAUAUUGUAGGCACGUGUAGGGAUUUAGAAAAGUCUUUCUUGCGUCUGACCAAAGCGCCUUCAGCAUUCGAAGUGCGUCCCGUUGAGGUGCUCACCCACUCGUUGGCCAAUGUAAAGAGUAAAUGGCGAGCCAACCAGGAUUAUCAUUAUGCGUGUGAUCAGUUGAAGUCCAUACGCCAAGACCUCACUGUCCAAGGUAUACGCGAUAAAUUCACCGUUGAGGUAUAUGAGACGCAUGCGCGCAUUGCCAUGGAGAAAGGUGACCACGAAGAGUUUAAUCAGUGUCAGACACAGUUAAAGAUGCUCUACUUGGAAUUGGGCAACAGCAGCAAUUCGCUCGAGUUCACAGCCUAUCGCAUUAUCUAUUACAUAUUCACGAAAAAUACCUUGGACAUUACAACGGUGUUGCGUUCUAUAACAGCUGAUCAGCGCGAGAAUCCUGCCAUUGCGCAUGCUCUAGAUUUUCGUUCCGCUUGGUCGCUGGGAAACUACUGCAAACUCUUUGAGCUGUAUAAAAAGGCACCGCUCAUGUCAGGCCAUAUGAUUGAAUGGUUUUUGGAGCGGGAGCGCAAGGCAGCACUGCGCGUAAUUUUUUUUUCCUAUCGUCCCAACAUUAGUGUUGACUAUGUGUCAAAUCUGUUGGCCUUUGAUAGCACUGAGAAGUGCAAAGAAUGGUUAGACACCUUCAGUUUACCCUAUGCCGCAGAUGGUGCUCAAAUUGAUUGCAAAAAUGCAGCUGCGAUUGCCAUUUGAAGCCUCAGAGCUAGUCUAUUAGGCGUUCUGAAUUAAACUUCAAUCCGUAGUGGAGUCGUGGAGCGUUGUGGCUAGGGCGCCACUCAGCA